AUGCAGAGGGAUUGGCUUUCGCGACCUGGCAGCACGGACACGGUUGCCUCCGCACGGUCCGACGGCCAGCGGCCGGGAGUAGCAGGUCUGUGCGCUGGCUAUUGGCUUGCUCUGUGCACGGUGGGCGAUCGUACGACGGCUGAGGGUGACGACGACGCUCAGCGCUGCGCUGAAACAUGA